AUGCAGAGUAAAGCUUACCAGGAAAACGUCUGUGCGAUUGUUGUAGACGAAGCCCAUUGUAUUUUAGAGUGGUAAGUUUUAUAAUGAUAUUUUAUAGUUUUGUUUAUAAUAUUUUGCGGAAGAACAAAUUCCAAAUAUGGAUUAAUUUCCGGGCUAAUUUACUCAGGAUAAUAACGAGUAAGACUUGUAGUUGUCUAUCAAUAGUCAAAUUUGUAUUCAAGAUUUUUUACAUUUUACUAGAAAAUUAUUGAGGACAAUACUCAUCUCAUUGGGUUGUUUUAUUUUAUUGGGCUAUUCCAUUUAAUAUCUGUACCCCUAUCGAGGACAUGGUCUCCAGCGCUUUUGCCCCUGAGGAAUUCCAGUCCGAUGAUAUGCCUACCCUGAGAACCUCCAGCCUAAUAAUAUGCUAGCCCUAAGGAAUUCCAGUUCAAUCAUAUGCAUAUGCUGAGAAUUCCAGUCCAAUAGUAUGCCUACCCUGAGGAACUCCUGCCUGAUAAUAUAAUAUCCUUAGUCUGAAGAAUUCCGGUCAGAUAAUAUGCUUGCGAUGAGGAAUUCCAGGUUGACAGUGUGCUUACCCUGAGGAAUUCCAGUCAGAAAAUAUGCUUAUGCUGAGGAAUUCCAGCCUGAGUGAAAACAGCCUACACCUGAAUAUUUUCAGGCUGAAAACUAUCCACACCUGAGGAUUUCCGGACUGAAAGCAGUCCACACCUGAGGAUUUCCAGGCUGGAAACCGCUUAAGACCCAUUUCCACUCAAGAAAAAUUUCCACGGACAGAAAAUUUUCCGAAAACAUCAUUGUUAAAAGUUGAAAAUUUUCAACUUCAAAAUUUUUUUCCGAUGAGAAAUUUGUGUCGGCCGAUCACAUUUUACAAAUUUUCUUUCCCCUGAAAAUUUUCCUGAGUGGAAAUGGGCCUUUACACCCAGAGGAUUCCCAGUCUCUUCGAUAGGGGGGGGUGUAUACAUAUUAAAUGGAAUAGCCCAUUGGUUGUUUCUAAUAACUCUGUCCAGUGCCAAACCAACCAGCAGGGGCAGAACAUAUUGUGUUUUGCUACUUGUGCAUUAACAAAGUUUAACAAAAAUACACAUUUUGUUUCAUUUCAGGAGUAAAGAUUUCAGAGUAGACUAUGGCAACUUGGCUGUUUUGUGUGCAACAUUUUCAAGUGUUCGAGUUGUAGCCAUGACUGCCACAGCAAACAAAAAUGAUAGAGAAUCUAUCAAAAAGUCAUUGGGUUUGAAAACAUGUGCAGAAGUUGUUGGCAAUCCUGACCGAACAAAUAUUAUGUAG